AUGAUCCGUGGCGGUGACUCUGACUCUCACGCGCAUCUUCUUCAUUCCCCGGAAACCCACACGUUUUUCUCGCCCGGAAGAGAUCGGAGCUCGUCGCAGUCGAUCGAGAGGGACAAAAUGAAUGGGAUUGGGAAUGGAGCAUUGAGCAACGUGGAGAUGGAAUACAUAAGACGACACCACAGGCACGAGCCUGGUGAGAAUCAGUGUGGCUCUGCGCUUGUUAAACAUAUAAGAGCACCGGUUCCUCAGGUAUGGUCCUUGGUGAGGAGGUUUGAUCAGCCACAGAAGUACAAGCCAUUUGUGAGUAGAUGUGUUGUAAGGGGAAACCUUGAGAUUGGGAGUCUGAGAGAAGUUGAUGUUAAAUCAGGGCUUCCAGCCACUACAAGUACAGAAAGAUUGGAGCUCCUUGAUGACAAUGAGCAUAUUUUCAGCAUCAGGAUUAUUGGUGGUGAUCAUAGACUUAGGAACUACUCGUCUAUCGUGUCUCUCCACCCAGAAAUCAUUGAUGGAAGGCCAGGUACGCUGGUAAUUGAAUCUUUUGUGGUGGAUAUACCUGAGGGCAACACGAAAGAUGAGACCUGCUACUUUGUUGAGGCCUUAAUUAAGUGCAAUCUCAAAUCACUUGCUGAUGUCUCGGAAGGGCUUGCUGUGCAAGAUCGCACUGAACCAAUUGAUCGGAUGUAG